AAGUUUGUCUCUAGCUUUUUCUGCAUUAUGUAUUUCUCCAAAUAUAUAUAAUGACAAAUAAAAUUUUCUUCCUAUAAGGUAUAAGAUGAGGAUGAUUUAAUGCAGAAUACUCACUUCAACUAUUUCCUUCCUUAAUAUUCUCUCUCUUUACUCUUACAUAGCAAAGCCAUGGCUCCGUCAAGCUCGUGCAUUACCCCUCUUCUUCUCUUGUCCUUAGUUAUUUUUGCCUCUGCUUACGAGACAAAACCUAAGCUUCAAAACCCUAAUCCGGAAGGGAAAGAAAAGUUUCUUACCACCAAACAACAAGAUGGGCAACCAAAGUUAGAAGAAAAGGAAAAGUCCAUUCCUAAGAAACCAAAAUAUGAGCAACCAAAGUCGGAUGAAAAGGUAAAGUUUCUUCCUACAAAACCAAGGUAUGAAAAGCCAAAACCAGAGGAAAAGGAUAAAUAUGUACCUACGAAACCAAACUAUGGCCAGCCAAAGCCAGAAGAAAAGGUAAAGUCUCUUCCUACAAAACCAACCUAUGCACAGCCUAAACCUGAAGGAAUCAAGAAGAAAAAAAUUGCUCCUACAAAACCUGUGUAUGAUCAGAAGCCAAAAGAAAUUCCCACGAAAUCAAACUACAUGGGAUCACCAGUUCCACAACAAGAAAAGAGUAUACUUCCAUUAACUACUGCUGUUCAAGGUCUUGUUUCAUGUAAGUCAGGCCUCAAAUACUUCCCCAUCCAAGGAGCUGUGGCUAAGAUAACAUGUAUCGCUGACUAUCAAGAAGGCUACAAGACAACAACUUUCUCAAUCUUAAGUGCAGCAUCUGAUGCAAAGGGCUAUUUCUAUGCAACAUUAUCUCCAUCUACACUCGGAGAUAAGCCCUGGAAACUCAAGGAAUGCAAGGCCUACCUCGAUCAUUCUCCAUUAAAGUCCUGCAAUGUGCCAACUAACAUUAAUGAUGGCAUUCAUGGUGAUCUGCUCUCUUCCUACAACAUCCUUAAGCAUACUAGCACAAAAUUAUUCUCCGUUGGACCUUUCUACUACACUACUAGCUCUUCACAACCUAAAUCAUCAGUUCCCACUGGAGCCUAUUAAUUAAAUGUAAUUUUAUGUUUCAUGUUUUUAAUUAAUUUCAUUUGGCCUAUUUGUUUGAGGGUCUCGGAAAAUAAUAAGGAAUAAAAAAGAAUCUUUUUUUAAAAUUUGUUUAAUUUGAUGGGUAUUAAU